AUGGACCGCAUCGGAAAGAUUAUCUUCUAUGAGGACAAAAACUUCCAGGGUCGCCACUUUGAAUGCUGUAGCGAUUGCCCUGAGCUGAGUUCCCACUUUAGCCGCUGUAACUCCAUCCGUGUGGAGAGUGGGAACUGGGUGUUGUACGAGAGGCCCAACUACCUGGGCACUCAGUACAUUUUGACCAGCGGGGAGUACCCCGACUACCUGCGCUGGAUGGGCUACAAUGACAGCAUCAGGUCCUGCCGCGUCAUCCGCAACACCUCUGGCAAGUUCAGGAUCCGCCUCUAUGAGCGUCCUGACUUUGCAGGUCAGAUGAUGGAGUUCAGCGAAGACAACCCGAACCUCCCCGAGCACUGGCGUCACCCCGAGGUGCACUCCUGCAAUGUGAUGGAUGGCGCCUGGGUGUUCUACGAGCACCCCAAUUACCGCGGCCACCAGCACCUACUGGAGAGGGGCGAGUACCGCCACUUCAAUGACUGGAGGUCCAACGUGGGGUCCAUUCGCCGCGUUCAGAACCUUUAG